GCGACUACGUCAGGCACUUUUCGAUUUGCCGUCAAACCCCAAACCGAAUUCAAGAUGGCCGAUGAUGAUGUCCAAGCUCUUGUCGUAGACAACGGUUCCGGUAUGUGCAAAGCCGGUUUCGCCGGUGAUGACGCUCCCCGCGCCGUCUUCCCUUCCAUCGUGGGUCGCCCCAAGCACCCCGGUAUCAUGGUGGGCAUGGACCAAAAGGACGCCUAUGUGGGUGACGAAGCUCAAUCCAAGCGUGGUGUGUUGACCUUGAAGUACCCCAUUGAACACGGUAUCGUGACCAACUGGGACGACAUGGAGAAGAUCUGGCACCACACUUUCUACAACGAAUUGCGCGUCGCCCCCGAAGAACAUCCUGUGUUGUUAACGGAAGCUCCUUUGAACCCCAAGGCCAACCGUGAACGCAUGACCCAAAUCAUGUUCGAAACGUUCAACGUGCCCGCCAUGUACGUCAACAUCCAAGCCGUGCUGUCCUUGUACGCGUCUGGUCGUACCACCGGUUGCGUGUUGGACUCUGGUGAUGGUGUGUCCCACACCGUGCCCAUCUACGAAGGUUACGCUCUCCCCCACGCCAUUGUCCGCUUGGAUUUGGCUGGUCGCGACUUGACCGACUACAUGAUGAAGAUCUUGACCGAACGUGGUUACUCCUUCACCACCACGGCCGAACGCGAAAUCGUGCGCGACAUCAAGGAAAAGUUGACCUACAUCGCCCUUGACUUCGACCAAGAAAUGAAGACUGCCGCCGAGUCGUCGGGCCUCGAAAAGUCCUACGAAUUGCCCGAUGGUAACGUGAUUGUCAUCGGCAACGAACGUUUCCGUACCCCCGAAGUGUUGUUCCAGCCUUCCUUGAUCGGUAAGGAAGCGGCCGGUAUCCACGACUGCACCUUCUCCACCAUCAUGAAGUGCGACGUCGAUAUCCGCAAGGACUUGUACUGCAACAUUGUGUUGUCGGGUGGUACCACCAUGUACCCCGGUAUCUCGGAGCGUAUGACCAAGGAAUUGACCGCCUUGGCGCCUUCCACCAUGAAGAUCAAGGUCGUCGCUCCCCCUGAGCGCAAGUACUCCGUCUGGAUCGGUGGUUCCAUCCUGUCGUCGCUGUCCACGUUCCAACAGAUGUGGAUCUCCAAGGCCGAAUACGAUGAAAGUGGACCGUCCAUUGUGCACCGAAAGUGCUUUUAAAUGCACACUCGGCGAGAUUGCAUCGGCAGCGAUCGUGUUUGCAGCUCAUGUGGCAGUCGCUUUGAGGCUUGAGUGCUUUGGCUAGUGCCCCGCGGGCUUAAAUGUGCCUGAUGUCGAUUUAAUUCGUAGGAACUAAACAUCAAUUCUGAAUAAAGUAUACGUAGUUAUCUA